AAUUACACAUCUACAUUCGGUCCAACAUUUAACUUAUUUCAUCUUGGGUCGCUCAAUUUGCAAUGAGUGUUCGUCGGAUAAGUAAAAAGUUCAGUGUCCAGUCUGUGGAGGCCUCAGAACUGAAAGGUGCGAAGUUGUCACUCUUAGGAGAGUCUACUGAGGCAUAUGCUGGUAUUCCGACGGAAGUUGUUGAUGAGGAUAUCGAAGCUGAAGAUGAAGACAAUACACAACUCAAUCUUUUCGAGGAAGAUGAUAAGACAUUACCUCCGAUGAGCAACUGGUUUGGUAAGCUCGCGGCUUACACUGGUGGAAUAGAGCCAACUGUAGGCGAAACUAAACAACUGAAAGAAAAACAAACGAAGUCAAAUGAUAACAAACGUUUGGGGACUAUAUUGGGUGUGUUUCUACCAUGCUGUCAAAAUAUAUUUGGCAUCCUAUUAUUUGUUCGAGUUGGGUGGAUUACAGGCGUAGCAGGCGCGUUUCAAACGUUUCUGAUAGUGUUUCUGUGUUGUAGCUGCACUAUGCUCACUGCUUUAAGUAUGUCUGCAAUUGCAACAAAUGGGAAAGUUCCUGCAGGUGGAUCGUAUUUCAUGAUAUCACGUUCAAUUGGCCCUGCUUUUGGUGGAGCAGUUGGUAUACUUUUUUAUCUUGGUACUACAAUAGCAUCUGCUAUGUAUCUAGUAGGAGCUGUGGAAGUGUUUCUUAAAUAUAUAUUUCCUCAGGCAUCGUUAUUUGGAGACAUUACAUCAGAUGCUGCGCUAUUCAACAAUACACGUAUUUAUGGCACAAUACUUUUGUUUACUGUUAUGUGUUGUGUGUUCAUGGGCAUUCGUUUUGUUAGCCGAUUUGCUGCUGUCAGUUUGGCUGCUGUUUUGAUAUCAAUUUUAUGCGUGUAUUUAGGAGUUUUUACAGUGAAUCCAUCCAGAAGUCCGUAUGUUUGUGCAUUGGGUGGACGUUUAUUAAGUCAAGAUUUUAUCACUGUCAACGGUACUGCACAAUGUCAUAAAAAUACCACAGGUCCUAUUUAUGAAGCAUAUUGUAAUAAUCGUGAAAUAGCAACAGAGGAAUCAUGUGCAUUUUUUAACGCUAACAAUAUCAGUUAUUUUCCUGCUAUGCCUGGUUUAACUUCAAAGAAAUUUUUCGAAAACCUUUUUAAAUCACAUUACCGUGAAAAGGGAGAGGCAUAUGAUAAUAUUGAUUUUCCGGCUGAUCGUAAAUAUGGUCAAGGUCCAAAUAUAGCAGAUGUUACAUCAAGUUUUAUGCUUCUCUUGGGUAUUUACUUUCCAUCUGUCACCGGCAUCAUGGCUGGUUCGAAUCGAUCAGGUGAUUUGACGAAUCCUCAGAAAUCUAUUCCAUUGGGAACUAUAUUGGCUAUAACAAUGACAUCGCUUGUAUAUUUAUCAUCACCUUUAUUGUUUGCUGCAAUCUGUGAUGGCUCUGUUAUGAGAGAUAAAUUCGGUGAAAGUUAUGGUGGUAUAUUGUUAGUCGCUGCAUUUGCAUGGCCACAUUUUUGGGUUAUUUUAAUUGGAUCAUGUUUAUCAACAAUUGGAGCUGGUUUACAAUCAUUAACUGGAGCACCAAGACUUCUACAGGCCAUUGCUCAAGACAAUGUUAUGCCAUUCUUGGAUGUAUUCAAAGUGAUUACAAAACGUGGUGAACCAUUACGUGCACAACUACUCUGUUAUGGAAUUGCACAACUGGGUAUACUAAUCGCUUCAAUAGAUCAUCUUACUCCUCUGAUUACCAUGUUCUUCUUGAUGUGUUAUGGUUUUGUAAAUUUGGCUUCAAUGCUUAAUGGAUUCUUGAAAGAGCCCAGUUGGCGUCCAAGAUUUCGAUUCUACCAUUGGUUCCUCUCAUUUGUGGGAUUAUGUUUAUGCAUUGCCCUAAUGUUUAUCUCUAGUUGGUAUUACACUAUUGUCGCUUGGGCGUUAGCGUUUGCUAUUUACAAAUAUAUUGAAUUUAGAGGUGCUUCUAAAGAAUGGGGUGAUGCUACAAGAGGUUUACAAAUGUCCACAGCAAAACAAGCUAUUUUAAAACUUGGUAAUAAACCAAUUCAUACAAAAAAUUGGCGACCACAAAUUUUAGUUUAUUUACCAUUGGAUGAAAAUUUUCAAGCACGUCAUGAUCGUCUAUUGGAUUUAGUUUAUCAAUUAAAAGCUGGACAUGGUUUAACAUUGGUGGCAUCGAUUUUAGAAGGUGAUAUUAUUGAUAGACGUAAUGAUAUGAUUGCUGUUAAAGCCCAUUUAAGUGAUCUUAUUCAACAACAUCGCAUUAAAGGUUUAGCUGAAGUACUUGUCGCUUCUACUAUUGAUGAAGGCAUGAAAAAUAUGGCACAGUGUGCUGGUCUUGGGAAUUUACGUCACAAUACACUUAUGGUGUCAUAUCCUGAAGAUUGGCGAGUCGAUUGUAAAAGUAGCGGAAGUAAAUUGUCUAAAUUUAUAUCGACUUUGAGAGCUGCACAAGCAUGUGAUAUAGCAAUGCUGGUGCCUAAAGGAAUAGAUUCGUUUCCUUUGAGCAAAGAAAAUCAAAUGAUUGGAAAUGUUGAUGUUUGGUGCAUUGUUCAUGAUGGUGGUCUGCUACUGUUAACAUCAUAUUUGUUAAUGCGUAAUCGUGUAUGGCGUAAAUGCCAUUUACGCAUUUUUGUGGUGGCUACUGAAGAUGACGAUAUUGUAAAUCUGAAGAAGGAUAUGACCAAGUUCAUGUACGAUUUGAGAAUUAAUGCUUCUGUGGAAGUAGUAGCAAUGAGUACUGCUGAUAUAUCAGCUUAUGUUACUCAACGAACAGCUAGUAUUGAACAACGUCGUGCACUUCUGAUGCAAAUGAAAAUAUCCAAUGUUGAAGCACGUUGUGAUCCUCAACUUAUUGUUGACCAACAUCGUAAACCUAGUUCAGUUGAUAUCAAUCCAACAGAUAUCAUCAAAUCGAAUUGUUCCAUUGAUUCUCAUAAACUUUUACCGGCUAUAUCAGCUACAUCAACGGAAAGUUCAGAUCAGUCACCUGAUCAUGCAACAAAUGUAACAAAUACCAGUAGUAACGAUUCUGCUUCCAAAGAAGAUACGAAAUCAUCAAAUAUGAAACCAGAUACUGAAUCGAAUAAUAAAUCUAUUUCAAAUCAUUCACAUCAUUGUACUGUAUCAUUUGCAACUGGUUCAAAUGUUGCAAUUAGUGAAUCUGACAAAUCUACUAAUCCCAAAGAAAAUGAUACAAACUCAGAAAUAAAUCGUGGUAUUAAUGAAUUUACCUUUUCACCUUCAAAUCCAUUGACUAAGCUAGUUCAAAAAGCUGCAAAAGAAGCAGGUUCUAAAGAAGAGCAUUUAUUGAAUAAAGCGCAUCCAGGAAAAAUAACUAGAACUCAACGUCGCUUACACUGUGCUGUACGUUUAAAUGAAUUAUUACGCACUCACUCAAGUGAAUCAGACUUAGUCAUUGUGAAUAUGCCUGGACCAUCACGUACUCUAGGAAGUGAAUAUUAUUAUAUGGAUUAUAUUGAAACAUUGACAGAUGGCUUACCACGUAUAUUAUUGGUACGUGGAACAGGACGUGAAGUAAUCACUGCAUUUUCUGAAUAAAUAAUAAUAAUACUGAAUUUUCUGUGUGUAUGUAUGCUGAUUAUCCUCAUGUUAAUGAUAUAAGGUACAUUUUCAUGAAACAAAAAACAUAAUCUAGUUGUAAAACGUGUCAAGUCUCUGUUUUGCUCACAAUUAAAUCAUUCUGUUUAUUCUCACUAAUUUUAUCUUUAAAAUUCAUAAACUGCUGUUCCUUUUAAAUCUGUCAUAAUUUGUUACAUUGUUCAAUGUUUAUUUUGAUUAGCCCUAUUACUCAGUUUAAUUUUAGUUACAUAAAUAAUUAUUCAUCUUUAAUUUUCUAAUCAUUCUUCUCCUGCAUUCAAAUAGAUACUGUAAUUGUAUUCUCGUGAGAUGUUUACGUUUUCAUGCUGAAUCUAAUCACACUUUCAUACUGCUGAAACUUAUUAUUGUUCAUAAUUCAAGUGUAAUACUAAUAAAGUGGAAACUUAAAGAUUAAUCCUUGUUACCUUUCAUCCUAAAUAAUGAUAAUAAUAAUAGUAGCAACUAAUUCAACGUUACUUCUAAUUCUCCGUUUGACCUGUUUAUCUUUGUGAACCGUUUCAUUGUGCUUAGAUUCUACAAUAGAUGAAAUUGAAACAACCAACUGUUUCUUUUGUGUUCUAUCAUUUUCUUCAAAUAAUCUAUUCGGUUCCCAUCUUUCAUUUUGUAUACCCGCUCUCUUGAAAACACCAACUAAUCGUUACGGAAUCGGUUUAAUAGCUAUUUUGCAAGAGAAAUCACACGUUGAGAGAUUAAAGGUGGCAGCUGUGUUUCCUUAAAUUUAUUUUUCAUGGCUUAUCUUUCAUAUUUCCUCGAUCGCGCCUUUUCUUCCUCUUUUGAUCUAUUUAGUCGAUUUUUUACAAAAAUUAUUCAACGUCUUCUGUAGAUUCAUUGUAUUAUCUUGUAACAAAAGAAAAAACAACUAACGUGUAUCGUAAUUACAACCUAUGGUGGGGACAGAACUCUUCACAUCUAAUACCAAUGAUUCUUGAUAAUUCUACCUCACAUUUCUUCUAUUUUAGUCGUGCACAGUUUCAAUCAGUUAAAUAUAAACUACAAUUUUGUUGUCUUCUGUAAUAAUAUUCUUCAUAAUGAACGUUUGUAUUAUUUCGUAACACUACAAUAUGCAUAGAAUUUAGUACUAUAUAUAUUUGUUCGCUUGUUUAGUUCACUAAUAUAAACCUGUAGGAUAUUUGAAGAGUUAACAGUUUAGUAAAUUGUUAUCCUUAAUUUUAUAAUUAAGAAUAUAUGUAUGUGUGUAUACAUAAUUUCUUUUCUUAUUUUCCUUCUACUACUUCUGUCAUUUAUUCACACAUACGUGACAUCAGUGUACUCUUUUGUCAGUAAAGUAAAUUCAUUUUGUUUUAUUACAAUAUGGUUUCUAUCCUUUUUAUUGUAUUCAUUUUUCUGCUAUUCAUAGUUUCAAUGUAUUACUCAGUUUGUUAACACUAUAAAUUGUUAUUCAAAUUUUGAAGUAUACGCUCUUCAUGUGGCGCAUACGUUAAAUAUAAAUAUUUACCAAUUUACAAUGAACUUUAAACAGAGUAGAAUUCUUUUUUUAGAAAAAUUAGCACAAAAAUAUAAUCAAGUAUAUCUAUUUAAAGUUUAGCAAAUUCCUUGUGGUAUCUCAUAAUCGUUAGAAAGUUUUCUACUAUAUGCAAAUCAAUGUUCUAAAUUAUUGAGAAAAUUACUUGUUUU